AUGUGUUCGCCUUAUGAUGCAGACAUCGCUGCGGCACUCCUCGGAAGUCCAGCAACCUUUCCUCCUGUUCAUGGAGACAGCUACGAUUUCAUCAUCGUCGGGGGAGGUACUGCGGGCCUGGUACUCGCAAACCGGCUCACCGAAGAUGAGCAUACAUCUGUGCUUGUCCUUGAGGCAGGCGAAGAUCUUACGGCUCACCCUCGGGUCGUUACGCCUGCUCUCUUUGCCACGAUGAUUGGAACGGAGGGUGAUUGGAGUUCGAAAACCGAGGCUCAGAAGGAGCUUAAUGGAAGGCAGAUUAAUAUAUCGCUUGGCCGCGCACUCGGCGGGAGUUCUGCAAUCAGCGGCCAGACUUUCAUCCCACCUUCCAAAGCCAGCAUUGAUGCAUGGGGCGAAUUGGGCAACGAAGGAUGGGCCUGGGACGGAUUGCUGCCCUAUUUGAAGAAGUCGUAUACUCUGAACAUUCCUUCAGAUGAUGAUAUCCGAGAGCAUUUUAACUUGGAUUAUAUUGACGAGACCCUGCAUGAUGCGCAGGGCCCUGUCCAACUCAGCUUUCCGAACAAUGUCUCCAACCCGCUCCCUAAGGCCUGGGUAGAAGCUAUGGGAACGAUAGGCCAUCGCGCUACCUCUGAUCCGUUCUCUGGAUGUGCGACAGGCGCUUUCUCUAAUCCCUCAUCCAUCGACGUCGACAAAAGACAGCGGAGUUAUGCUGCUUCAGCAUAUCUAAUGCCCAUUGAAAAGCGGCCAAACCUCACAAUACUAACAGGGGCUUAUGUUCAAAAGAUACUACUCGUAGGUUCCUAUCCCAACGUCAUCGCAACCGGCGUCACGUAUCGGAAGAACUCCAAGGAGAUCACCGUCCGAGCGAGAGAAGAAGUCAUUCUCUCUGCCGGGGCCAUCCACUCCCCCAAACUCCUGGAACUUUCUGGUAUAGGCAACCCUGAGCACUUGGAGCCGCACCAAAUAUACCCAAUAAUAGUCAACCCAAAUGUGGGAGAAAACCUACAAGACCAUCCCGUUACGUCAAUUUCUUUCGAAGUACAAGACGGCGUCGAGACAAUAGACAGCAUGCUCCGCCUCAAUCUGAAAAUUAUCCAAGCAGCCAUGAAGGAGUACAGGAUGAACAAAUCCGGACCGCUGGCUCAGUCUGGAGUGAACUCGUACGCCUUACUCCCUAUUCCUCAAAACUCCUCCGCCUCUCGCAAGAAAGUAGAAAAACUACUAGAUCGCAAUUCGGACUCUCCGUCAGGAUUGCACCACGUCAGUAGGGAAUAUACUUCCUGUAUCCAAUCACUGCUUCUCCACCCGCGCGAAAACACCGCCGCAUUCUUCCCCUACGCCGCGCAAACCAGCUUUGACGCCGAUCCAUCCGAGACCGGACUCGUAACUUCCAACCUGGCGCCGGAGAAUUUCUACUCGAUUUCCUCUACGCUCUUGCAGCCGCUGUCGCGCGGCUCGACGCACAUGCGCUCGGCCAACCCGUCAGACCCUCCCAAGAUCGAUCCAAAGUAUUUCUCGCAUCCGCUGGACUUGGAGAUAUUCGCCCGCCAUAUGACGUCCAUCUCCGAUCUCAUAUCCACUCCCGCGUUUUCCGCUCUGUUAAAACCGGAUGGUCGGCGCAACGCCGCCGCUCCCAAGGAUCUCACCUCGCUCAACGAAAUGAAGACUUAUAUCAGGCAAACCGCAUCGAGUAGUUGGAGCCCGUCAGGGACGUGUGCAAUGCUACCAGAGGGAAAAGGCGGGGUCGUGAAUGAGAGGUUUGUGGUGUAUGAGACGAGGAAUUUGAGAGUUGUGGAUGCGAGUGUAGUGCCGGUUAAGACUGUGGCGGCGCCGAUGGCGUUGGUGUAUGCGGUGGCGGAGAGGGCAGCAGAUGUGAUGAGGGGAGAAUUGAAGAUAAGGAGAGAAGGAAUGGGUAAGAAACAGUCCCGUUCGAGGUAA